AUGUAUAACGUUGGUUUGAUACAGUGGCGUCGAUACAAUUUUUUUGAUAAAGAAUCAGUACAUCGAAAAGAUGGAAAACCAAUUGAAGAUCUUAAAAAUGUUUCUGUUAUUGCAUCAACAAGUUCAAAUGGUGCUGGUGGCGGACAAUUGAUAUUUGGAUGUUCAGAUGGUUCGAUAUGUGUACUGAAUCGUGAUUAUGAAGCAAAUCAUUUUAAAGUAUUUGAUAUUAAAUUACAAUUACUUUGUCAUUCAAUGAAUGGUGACACAUUAGUAGCUAUUGGGAUGGAUGAAAAUGAACCGAAACAAUGUAUUAAAAUAUUUAAAACCGACAAACCAUUAAUCGAUAAAGAUAAUGCUGAACCAGUGAGAAAAAUUCCAUUAGCAGUCACUGAACCACCAGUCUCAGAAGUGAGUUUUGUAUUGAAAAAUGGAGCUCCCUAUUAUAAACUACGUUUCAAAUUUUCCAAUCCAAUCUAUCAAGAAGAUAAACCAAUUACAGGAUUAGCAUUUAGUGAAAAUAAAUUACGAAACGAACUGAUAUUAUAUCUGACUACUGAAACCUCUGUAUUAUCGUUUCGUUUUCAACCAAAUUUUAUACCAUCAACUAGAGAUAGUAAUUCUCCUAGUCGUUUAGCAUUUCAUCAUCAUAUAAAAGCAUUUGAACAUCAACAACAGCAAGCAUCUCCUCAAUUUGUUGUGACCAGAUUAGAAUCGGAACAUGGUUGCAAUUUUAAUUGUUCCGUUUUAUCAACAGAUGUCAACGGUGAGCAACAAUUUGUUAUUGGAAAUCAAAUGGGUGUAUUUGCUUAUGUCGGAGAAGAUAAACGUUUUGCUCACGUAGCUGAGGGUGAAAAAAUUGCAUUGUCCUGGUGGUAUAAUUAUCUAUUAACAGUAACAACAGAAAAUCGAUCACCACAAAUGCAACAGUCGGCUUCAACUAUACUUUCACAUUUGAGAGCACAUCAAACAACUGUUGAUCAACAAGUAUUAGCAAUAUACGAUGUUCAAGGAAAAUUUAUUGCCUAUUCUGUUGGUUUUUCAAAAAUUCAAUGUGUCGUUAAUGAAUGGGGUUAUAUUCAUAUAUUAACUGGUGAUGGUGAAUUACAUCGUUUUAUAGAAAGAGAUUUACAUACACGUUUAAAUUUAUUAUUUAAAAAAAAUAGUUAUCAACUUGCCCUUGAAAGGGGCGAAUAUGAUAAUGCUACAGAUCAAUAUAUUAAAACAACUGGCUUUCUAGAACCUUCUUAUGUCAUCAAAAAGUUUUUAGAUUCUCAACAUAUUGAUCAUUUAACUCGUUAUCUUGAAGCAUUACAUCACGAAAAAUUAGCUAACGUUGAUCAUACAACAUUGUUAUUAAACUGUUAUACAAAGCAUCCUGAUCGUAUUCAACGUUUAGAUCAAUUUAUUGGUUUAGCAUCAUCACAACAAAAAUCAUCUACUGAUCAACAAAAUCGGGAUAAUGAUAGUGGUGUGAGUGAAGAACUUAGUUUUGAUGUUGACACUGGUAUCGAUGUUUGUCGACAAGCUGGAUAUUUUAAACAAGCUUUAGCAUUAUCAGAAAAAUAUCGUCGUCAUCAUAAAUAUAUAAAAAUUCAAAUUGAAAAUAUGAAAGAUUAUGAUCAAGCAUUAAAAUAUAUUCAAACAUUAAAAUUUCAAGAUGCCUUAGACGUUUUUAAAACAUACGGUAAAACAUUGGUAGAUCAACGACCAGAUUUAACAACAAAAUUAUUAAAACAAUUAAAUCCAACACCACAGGAAAUUGAAGAACAAAAACUACCAGAUUCAUUAAUUGAUAUAUUUAUGAAUCAUCCGAAUGAAUUAUUGGAAUAUUUAGAAUUUGCUACAACACAAUAUGCCAAUGUUUCCUCAUCUAUUUAUGAUAUUAUAUUGGAAUUAUAUUUACAAAAUUUUGAUAAAAUUGAUGAUAAGAAAGCAAAAGAUAAACGAAGUAAACAAAUUUUAGCUUUAUUACAAAAUACAAAACUUGAUGUUGAUCCUCAUCGGGCAAUGAUCGCUUGUCAAAAAUAUAAUUUUAAACCGGGUGUUAUUUGUUUGUAUGAAAAGGCAAAAUUAUAUCAACAAAUUUUACAAUAUCAAAUGGAUAAUAAAGAUAGUGAUGAAAUAUUGGCUACAUGCACGACAUAUGGUGUAGAAGAUUCACAAUUAUGGAUACAAGCUUUGAGUUAUUUUUCAAAAUUAAAACGAAGUGAUGGUUGCCGAAAAGAAAUUGGACAAAUUUUAAAUUAUAUUGAUAAAAAUGAUUUACUGUCACCAUUAUUGAUUAUUCAAGUACUUGGAAAUAAUGAAUCGACAAGUUUAGAUAUACUUAAAGAUUAUUUAAUUCGUAAAUUGAAAACUGAACAAGAACAAAUUCAAAAAGAUCAAGAAGAAAUAAAAGAAUUUCGAGAUGAAAGUAAUAAAAUUUCGAAAAAAAUUAAAGAAUUACAGACAGCCAAAUGGAUUGAAUUGGUGAAUAAUCAAAAAGUUGGACGAAAUAUACAUGAAAGUUUUCAUAGAGAUUUAGAGAACAAGGCGGAUAAAUUUGGAGUAAUUGCAGAUUAUGUUGGCAAGAGACUGUUCGAUAAAUGUCAAUAUUAG